CCUCCUUAUAACUCGAUCACGUAUUACCAUGUCUGAGUCGCCUGAGAACACUAUCCCUGGUUCUUUUCCGACAUCAGAAGUGGGAUGCGGGACCCGAGAGUGUAACGAUGGUGGGUCAGCAAGUAAAUCAAGCGUGACCACGGAACAUUAUGCGGUGGGUAGUGCGGGUUGUUCGAAAAACUCUGACAAUGCAACUUGUUCGGAAAGUGUGAGUGAUACGGGCGAUGCUGCUGCGUUGUUGAAGAUGCUACGCGUGUUGGCGGGUGGGCUCCAGCCACCCGCGCCGGUGGCGCUCAUCAAAUUUGACCCCGACGAUCCGGACGCAGACAUCGAAGGCUGGUGUAAGAUUAACGAGAUGAUUAACGCACGAGGACGUGCGCUCGUCAGGAAGGCCGUGUCGGCGAAAAUGAUUUGAAGAUGAUUUUGUUACGAGGCAAAGCGCGCAUUCCGCCCGCCAGGUGGCGCCGCGCGCUAACGGAACGUCGAGUUGG